AUGCGACCCGACGUGGACAUACAUGCUCUUCUUACAGUAGCUCUUACCCUGAGUGCAGUGACUGCCUCAGCACAGAGUGAAGAGAAUGCCGCCGGAGAAGAUGUCUAUCCCCCUUUGUGGGACCUUGCCCCUGAAAACUUGCUGGAUUUCCAAGUAAAGAACGGCAGAAUUGUCAUCAAUGCUUGGAACUAUCUGGAACGACUGGGAGUGUAUAAGAACUUGCUAAACUCUUCAGUCAAGUAUUUCACCACCUUUGGAGCUCAAAAUUUUGGAAAUAUUCUCUGGGGAUUACCAUUGCAGCAUGGGUGGCAGUUUCGUACAGGCAGAUUAGCAGACCCUUCUAGCAUGACUUCCUGUGGCUAUGAAGAUGGAGACCUUUUGUGCAUCUCUGUACGAAGCUGGUGGUCCUGUAUGAACUACUAUCUGUCUGUCAUACCCUUUCUGGGGGCAGUGGAGGCUGGCCUCUUCGGGCAGCUGCAAUACAACAUAGAAAUAUCGCCACCAGAGGAGCAAAGAGCUGAUUUCUGCUACAGUGUUGCCGACUGCCGGUCUCGCGCUCCUGGGCUCAUGGAUGACUGGAAGGCCUAUUUUGAAUAUCUGUUAUCUACAGAACACAAAACUAUGAACUCUGCAACCUUCUCCUCCUUUGAACUGGACCAUGCCCUCGGUCUCAUGUGGAGGGCUCACGUUGCCUCCAUUGCUUACGCGCUGCCCAAGUUCCAGGACAGAUUAAAACAUCUCUCCGAUACAGAAGCAAAUUUUGGUGAAGACUGGGCUAAUGGUGUAGAUUUCAUUGCAGCCACACACUUCCGUACAGAUUUGCCGACCACAAACAUCUUCCAGACUUUCCUGCCCCAGAGGAUGCUCGUUGAAGGGGAUGUCCUUCCAUCCAUUAGUGACUUCAGUCCACAGCAAAAUAGAGUCCUGCUUUCACUGAGAGCUCUUCACAAAACAAAUAGGUUAACAGGGGGAUUGCUGCUGAAGCUCUGGCAAAAGGCUAUGUCUACUGAAGCAGGGAGAAAAAUGGGUCGAAAACUGAUUGAAGACUUGGCUUCGAGCCAGGAGUUUGAUCCAGCGGGAAUGCAUAAUGGUUUUGGAAGGAGAGGAUUUGACAGCACUCAGUUUGUUGAGAAGAAGCAGUCCCAAGAUUGA